AUGGAUGGCAUUGAAUUAGAGACAAUGAAUUUAACCUGGGACGAAAAUUUCAUUUUUUUAAUGGAAAAUUGGACGCGGCUUAAGAACAUGAGUGAGGAAGAGUACUUGGAGUAUCAGUUGGGACCUAAACAUUUGAGCUUGUCUGUUGUUGUACCGAUUACUGUAGUGUAUGUGAUUAUUUUUAUUAUGGGAAUUGUCGGGAAUAUUUUAACUUGUUGGGUUAUUCUUCGUCAUCAAUUGAUGCAGAGCGCUACUAAUUACUACUUGUUCAGUUUGGCCAUUUCUGAUUUAUUGUUACUUAUUCUCGAAUAUUAA